AGAAUUACCAACCGCGAUUCCGCAAUCGCAAGGAAGCUCCAUGAAGAAACGGCCUUCGAAGAACGACAAAGUGUGGCUGGAGGAUUAUCUCCACUUCCUUCAUUCUCGGCAAACGCUUCACCUAACAAUGAAUCAACUUAAUCAGUUUUUCUUCCUCCUACUGUCACAGGUCAUCCGCAUUCAUGGCUUCAAGAAAAUCCACAACGCUCCCAAGAAGGUGCUGGUGGAGGCGGUGGAGUCGCUGGAUCUCGUAGAUGUGCCGCGUUCGACCCUGCGUGACAGCGUCUCGGCGUUUGCGGCGGUGGCGUUGGAGGAAGUGGUGGCGGAUUUGGCAGAGCUCAAAUGGCAAGAGUGCUGCGUAACCUCCGUCGAGAGAAUAAGUUUCUCCGAAGGCAAGAGCGCGUUGCCUGCUUCCUCUGAUGAGAGCUUCCGAGUUACGAGCCUGUCGAAGAGUAUGGACGAAGUUCGUAACCUAAUCCCUGAAGAUUCCCGGAGAAGCCUGAAACCAACAAAAAUGGUGCCGAAGCGUAAGAGGAGUAAGGUUCCUGCUUCCGACUCUGUUGCCUCAACUGUAGAUUCCGCUUCUCUCGCUUCCUGCUGAGUCAAUGAGUGAAUAUGCUCUAUAUAUGAGUAAAAUGUUAAAUAGGAGAAUGGAUACGACACUAGAUAUGAAUGAGUUCCAGUGUCAGGAUAUUCUGAACGGGUCUCACCAAAAUGGCAAGUGUUUUCCCUUUGAACUGUUAGCCUCUCACUGCCAUUUUAUUUGCUUUCUAUCUUCCAAAUUCUAUAUUAAGGCUUGGAGAAUUUGCAGAUUACACACUAUUAAUACGUAAGGCUCAAAUUGAGAAGAUAAUGACUGUAAAAGAGGCACUAUAAGAUGUUUGGAAUUGGUGUCUGGCCUUAAGGUGAACUUUCACAAUAGUAAAAUAAGGGUGAUAGUCACAUCAA